CAUUACCCAUGACUCCCCUCGGACGAAUGACCUGUCUCUGGCCUUGACGUUUAGCGCGCUGCUGCUGCUGCUGCUAGUCUCUGGGAGCGUGUGUCCGCAGGCAGCGAGAAGCAGCCCGUGCUCCAGACCGACCUCCGUCCUCCUGACACCGGGAACAGACCACCGCGGAGCCACCAUGCUGUCAUGCAGGAGCGUGUGGAAGAAGCUCCCACCGCUAGCUAGAGCCUCUUCGACUCUGUGCCGGCUCAAUGGGAGGCGAGCAGUGUUGAACAAUGGCGGACCAGUACGUGUACCAGCAGCUAACAUGUCCACGGGCCCUUCGGGGAUAGGAAGGGACACACAGCUGUACGUUGCCUUGGUUGGAGCAGCCACCUUUGCUGGGGGAGUAUAUGCGUACAGAACUGUGAAAAGUGACCAACGUAGAUAUCAGGAACGUAUAGAUGACAUUUCCUCCAGACCGCUGAAAAUAUCCUCACAACAAACAGACCAGCCACUCAACUUCUCAGAGCUGUCUGCAACUGAAGCCACUGAAACAGCUGUGGAAGCUACUGAAACAGAGCCCAUUGCAGAGCCUGAGGCAGCUCCUUCACCAGAGGAGCCGAUCCCUCCGGCCCCUGAGGCUGAAGCAGCGGCUCCCACUGAAACAACUGAACCUGUCCCAGCAGAUGAGCCUGUCUUAGAAGCAGAACCUCCGGAAGAAGCAGCAGAGUCUCCUGCUGCACCUAUAGUGGAGGAGGAACCAGCCCCCCCACCUGAGCCAUCCCAAGUUGAGCUAACCGAGCCACCUCCUGCACCUCUAGUUGAGGAGGUGCCAGAACCAGCACCCGAGCCGUCCCCAGUUGAGCUAACAGAGCCAUCUCCUGCACCUGUAGUUGAGGAGGAACCAGAACCAGCACCCCCAACCGAGCCGUCCCCAGUUGAGCUAACAGAGCCAUCUCCUGCACCUGUGGUUGAGGAGGAACCAGCACCCCCAACCGAAUCGUCCCCAGUUGAGCCAACCGAGCAACCUCCUGCACCUCUAGUCGAGGAGGUGCCAGAACCAGCACCCGAGCCGUCCCCAGUUGAGCUAACAGAGCCGUCUCCUGCACCUGUAGUUGAGGAGGAACCAGAACCAGCACCCCCAACCGAGCCGUCCCCAGUUGAGCUAACAGAGCCAUCUCCUGCACCUAUAGUUGAGGAGGAACCAGCACCCCCAACCGAAUCGUCCCCAGUUGAGCUAACAGAGUCACCUUCUGCACCCGUUUCAGAGAGUGAACCCACAGCAGCAGCAGAAACAGCCGAGCCGCUUGCAGCAGAGCCAGCCGAGGCUCAACCUGAAGUUGUGGCAGAGAGUGUUCAAACUCCAGCAGUGGAGGCCACACCUACCCUUCCCGAGGUGCCCUCACAUGCCCCCUACCUCCUUAUUGGUGGGGGUACUGCCUCUUUCGCUGCUGCCCGGUCUAUUCGAGCCAGAGACCCCGGUGCCAAGGUCUUAAUUGUGACUGAGGAGUCAGAAUUUCCGUACAUGAGACCACCUCUUUCUAAAGAACUGUGGUUCUCUGAUGACUCCAGUGUGACAGAAACUCUGCGUUUCAAACAGUGGAAUGGAAAAGAAAGAAGCAUCUACUUCCAGCCUCCAUCAUUCUACAUUCAAGCAGAAGAAUUGGCAGGUGCAGAAAAUGGUGGCGUGGCUGUGCUCUCUGGUAGAAAGGUGGUUCACAUGGAUGUGAGAGGAAACAAAGUGAAACUGGACGACGACACUGAGAUUUCCUACGACAAAUGUUUGAUUGCUACAGGGGGGGUGCCAAGAAAUCUACAGGCCAUUGAAAGAGCAGGAGAGGAGGUGAUGAAGAGGACAACUCUGUUCCGCAAGAUUGAUGACUUCAAAUCCUUGGACAAGGUCUCCAGAGAAGCCAAGUCCAUCGCAAUCAUCGGAGGCGGGUUCUUGGGCAGCGAGCUGGCUUGUGCCCUCGGCAGGAAAUCGUCUGAGUUUGGUCUGGAGGUGAUGCAGAUGUUCCCUGAGAAGGGCAACAUGGGAAAAGUUCUGCCUGAGUAUCUGAGCAAUUGGACAACUGAAAAAGUCAAGAGAGAGGGUGUUCAAGUCAUCGCAGAAGCUUUGGUGAAGUCUGUGACUUUCAAAGAUGAUCGAUUAGAAAUCAAGCUCAGGGAUGGCCGAUUGGUGCAAACUGAUCACAUAGUUGCAGCCGUUGGCCUGGAGCCCAAUGUUGACCUGGCUAAGUCAGCAGGUCUGGAGGUGGACUCUGACUUUGGAGGCUUUCGGGUCAAUGCAGAGCUGCAAGCAAGGUCCAAUAUUUGGGUGGCAGGAGAUGCUGCAUGUUUCUACGACAUCAGACUGGGCCGCAGACGAGUGGAACACCACGAUCACGCUGUUGUGAGCGGUCGACUGGCGGGAGAGAACAUGACCGGAGCCAACAAACCCUAUUGGCAUCAGUCUAUGUUCUGGAGUGACCUGGGGCCUGAUGUUGGCUAUGAAGCCAUUGGGAUCGUUGACAGCAGCUUGCCAACAGUAGGAGUGUUUGCCAAAGCCACAGCCAAGGACACACCUAGAGCUGCUACAGAGGAUUCAGGAACUGGGAUCCGCUCUGAAAGUGAAACAGAGGAAACAGCCGUCAGCCCAGUGGCCUCUUCCACCCCUGCCCCUGCUCUGGAGCAGCAGAGAGACAACUACGGCAAAGGAGUUAUUUUCUACCUGCGAGACAAGGUGGUGGUGGGCAUCAUCCUGUGGAACGUGUUCAACAGAAUGCCCGUUGCAAGAAAGAUAAUCAAGGAUGGAGAGGAACAUGCUGAUCUAAACGAAGUGGCAAAGCUGUUCAACAUCCACGAGGAUUAAGAUGUUCAGGGCUGAUGCUCAUUAUGGGAGGACAGGUCCGCCUCAUGUGAAGCCUGAACUUUGGCAGCCAUUGCCACACGGUUUAUGAAACAACUGACCACGCAUACAAAACGAUACGCUCAACAUCAUGUCUCUGAAAUAUUUUCACAUUUGGAAUUUGUAUGUGCUGCAUCGGUUUUGUUGUUCUUUCACUUGUUUGGUUCUAUUCAGGGAGAAAUCACAGUCUCAUGUUCCCGCUACCACCAAAUGUGUGUGAUUUGUAUAUCCGCUUUCCCCAGCAGGCAGAAAAAGUUAAAUAAUGGAUAAUUGUGUGAUCAGAGCAGCUCGUUGUUGGAGAAGCUGCAAUAAAAGCUAUUUUUAAACUGGA